GAUUGAGUCCCUGAAUGUAGCGCUAAAAUUUUCUCCUUUUCACGAAGUUGAAGUAAAAAAUUAUUAUAAAAUCUUUGAUUCUGAAUUCAAAAAAGCUGUAAAUUUCAGGCGUUACCGAAUGAGAUUUUCAGAGAGUUUUGUUGUAUUUUGACCGUCGAGUUGCUGUUUUCGGAAACAUUUGAUGGUCGUACCGUUGACGGAAGACUUGUGACGGUCGGGGAUGUUUUGCUAAACGUUAGCAUCUAGAGGCUAACUUUGUUUUGUUGUUGUUUCAUUCAGCUCGGAGGUGUACAGAUUCUUUGUACAGAUAUUUUUUUCUCCAUAAAUGUAAAUCCACUUUAAAUCUGUAAAUGAUGAACGGGAGCUCGAACCCGCUGCUGGACAAAGAGGAGCAUGUUUUAAAGCUCGGAGAAAGCUUCGAGAAGAGGCCGAAAUCUUCAUUUCACACCAUCAGAUGUGAGUGUGGAGAACAUUUAUAACUCAUCUGUGUGAUUUAGUUUAAACUGAAUAUGUUUGAUCGGCUCACAUGUUACACAACAUGAGGAUUAGAGGGAUUUACAGACAGUUAGAGCACCAAAAUACUGCAGAUAAAGUUAAAUAAUCAAUAUCUGAAUAUUAGUUAUUGUUUCUGAACCUCCUUAAAGAUGAAUGAACCUGCUGCAGGCAGACAAAAAUUAAUAUUCACGAACAUUAAAAACAAAAACUUUUUAAACUCUUGGAAGAAAAUAACAGAUCAGAGGGGCAGAGUAGGGCUGGGCGAUAAAACGAUAACGAUAUAUGUCCAAAUUAAUUUAAUCAAUAUAAAACAUGGUCAGUAUGCUUUCCGAUAGUCGGCAUUCUGCCAUGUAUUGGUCAUAGACUGUAUUUACUCUGGACAACUUGCUUCAGCCUUCCACCUUUAUACGGAUUUGAAGCCGAAAAGCUCUCGGUAAUUCCGCGAUUUUUCUUCAUUUCUUGAAACCAACAUUGUGCAGUCGCAUUGUGCCCAUUUGGCCAGAGAGUCGCCAAGAGACGCUACACAAUCUUCGCAACCAGGGGGGAAAUACAUUUAUGUUCUGUGGAAUAAAUUUCUAAAGUUUGUCCACAGCUCCAUAAGCUUUGCUGGAGGAGGCGGGAUUUAUGACCUAUACUGCAGCCUGUCACCAGAGGGCGCUGUUCUUAGAGUGAGGAGGCAGAUGCUGUCCAUUUUAUAUACAGUCUAUGGUUUUGGUAGACUAUACGAAUAGUCAAUGAAAAGGGGAGUUCCCUCUGAUUCAGUUCAUGCUGAACCAAUCAUGUGAUGAAUUAGAACCAAGUAGCAAAAACCUGCGAAGUAGCAGACAGCAGCUACACGCAUCCAUAGUACUUGAACACCAAAAACAGACGACCAUUCAGUCGGCUUUCUCUAGAGCAACACCUUACGAGAAAACGUCGAAGAGACACAAAGACCUCACAGAUGCAGGAGAUUAUUGUUAAAGACAUGUGAUACUAAACACUGUUAAACUUCUUUUUAUAUCGUGAUAUAUCGAUAUUUACUGAUAUGUCAAUAUAGCGAAUAAAUAGUGAUAAACUUUCCUCAUGUUGCCCAGCCCUAGUGCCAUGCAUCUUCAUACUCCAUUUGUUCACUAGUGAUCGAUAAUUGUGCCUUAAGCUUCCUCAUGUCAGUGUAAUGACCUACACACAGGAUGUGUCUUAAAUCUUGUUUUGUUACGAGUUUUUGUCGCAUGUGGCCGUGUGGAAAGGGUUAAUUUCAGACUUACAUCAAGGUAACCAACAACGCCACCUAGGGACAUUCAAAGGUACUUACCCAGUUUCAACCAUAAAAGAGCGAACACAGGGUCGAGUAAUUCUACAAGACAGAGACGUGGGUCAAAGCAAAUCAACAUUUAUUGAUGAUAUCAGAUGUAAAAAGGCUUGGACCUGGAAGUGUCUGCUGAAAGAAAACAAAAAGAGUUAGUGAUGAAUUCUUAAUGAAUGUUUGAGUCUGUUGUUGAUCAGAAAGGUUUAUUACAAAUGGAUUCUUUAACAAUUAACCAAUGAAAUCAGGAGUGUUGACCAACUCUUCGGCUCACCUGCCAAGGGGACCAAAUAAUAAAUGUCCUUUUUUGUUAAAUAUACGUCUGUUGAAGUACUUUUCAUUGCAGUAACAGGAUCAUACUGUAAUAUAAUUAGAAAAAGAGGCCAAAGUAUCAUUUAAAAUCUCUUUAAUUACAAUCAAUGACUAAAACAAACCAAAAUCUAAAAACAGCAGCUGAUUGUGUCUGAAUUACAAGAAAAAGAAAGUAUUACUCUGUUAAAAUGUGAUUGUCUUCCUGUCCACAAAAUGCAGCCUCUCAUACCUGUUUAGGUCCAUUUAUCCAGGUUUCCGCCGACCCACUUAACUUUACACCAACAGUCAGGGAAAAGAGUGAACUGGAGGCAAACAGUCGAAAAGAACAAACACAAUUCAGCGACUGAUAAAAGGUCAGAGUUUAAAAUAAAAGGUCAAACACCACAAACCAGUCCUCCUUUCCUCUGUUCAGACCAUGUGGCAACAAGCAGACAGACAAAGGAAAGGCAGCUCACCUGACACAGGUGUGUUAAGUAGGAGGGUGGGUGAAAGGGGGAGGAGCAACAUCCAAAUCUGUCUAACCUAAAACUAAAACUACGAUUUCACAACCGUGGAGAAGCUGUGUGUGAAGUUCAAACUGAAUUUGGUGUUUUACAGAUAAUUGAAAGUUUAUUAAAUCAAACUGUUUUGGCUUGGACAUCGAUUAAGAGAUCAUAAAUGAGGACACAGUGUAAAAAAACACUUAAUCAAUACUUUUAUCCAACUGUUUGACUCUUAAAUAUCAGUGCAGGACUCUUUAUUUUCCCUGAUUAAUGACCUUUUCUCCUCCGUUCUCCUCCCUGUUCAGAUGACUUCAAACCGGCGUCCAUCGACACGAGCUGUGAGGGAGAGCUGCAGGUUGGGAAAGGAGAUGAAGUCACCAUCACGUUACCUCACAUCCCGGUAAGUCUUUGUGGUUUUCCUUUUUCUCUGUAGUUCUGAUGAACAAACGUCGAUGACCGCUGUCCUCGCAGGGCUCCACGCCUCCCAUGACGGUGUUUAAAGGAAACAAGCGGCCGUAUCAGAAGGACUGCGUGCUCAUCAUUAAUCACGACACCGGAGAGUUCGUCCUGGAGAAGCUGAGCAGCAGCAUCCAAGUCAAGAAGACCAGGUGAGAGGUUUAACAGAAGGCUUUACAGAAAGUACAGACAGAAACAGACGAGGCAAAAACAUUGAGCUUCAGUCUGAUGAAGAGUUUAGAGGUCUUUGGCUCCAUCUGUUGGUCACUGACUGUUACUACAACAACUUCAACAGGUUUCAUUAUUUUAAAUCGAACAUCUUUUUAGUGAGAAAUGAAAUUUAACCUGUUUCUCUGGUUUCAUGUAAGAUUUAACAGUUUUAUUUGUGGAGUGGAUUAUUGAGAUUAUAAUAAAACAAAAACACGUGUGAAGAGAAGGAGAAGUUCUGGAGAUAAAACCAUGUUAGAAGGAGAAGAAGAGGAGAGUGAUGUUCAGAGAGGAUCCUCCUGAAAUAAACAUUCAGUUGAACUUUGAGGACAUUUUUACACUCAGAUUCUGUUGAUGUUUGUGUUUCAGGGCGGAGGGCAGCAGUAAGAUCCAGGCCCGUAUCGAGCAGCAGUCGGUUCGAUCCAGUCAGCCAAGCUCUCAGUUCAGGGCUCCCACCAAGCCUGGGGCCGGGGUCAAGACCUCCCCGUCCCCUUCCAAAGAUAACCCCUCACCAGAGCCUCAGCUGGAUGACAUCAAGAGAGGUAAGGACGUCCAACCGUGGUCGGUGAAUUGAAAUGUAUAAUGUAUGUUAAACUGACUCUGUGCUGCCCCCUGCUGCUCACAGAGCUGCGUGCAGAGGUGGAGGUGAUCGAGCAGAUGAGCAGCAGCGGCAGCAGCAGCUCCUCCGACUCGGCCAGCGCCUCAGGGAGCGGAGACGACAGCAGCAGCAGCGACGGCGAACACGACGCCCCGCGACCCCUCAGCCAGACCUCCCCCAACCGCCACGCCAUGGCCAACGGAGGAGCCGACCGACAGCAGGGCAACAACCAGCUCAUGAACACACUCCGUGAGUCAAACCAGGUUUAUCUCAUGAGGUCUGAAACUCUCUGUGAGAAAACUGAAUCUUAGAUCUCUGCGUGUUUACAGGCUGCUGCUUCGUUUCACCUCGAGUGUUUCUUCUCGUGAUUUUCUACCAGGAUCAGGAUGGAGAAACGUCACAGAGAAGCGGGUGUUAAUAAAAACUGACUCAGGUGUCCUCUGGUCUUUUCAGGGAAUGACCUUCAGCUCAGCGAGUCCGGGAGUGACAGCGAGGACGACUGAACUCCUCCUCCUCCUCCUCGGUCCCUCACAGGCCGUCUUCAGCUGUUCAUCCUGGUCUGACUGUAUUUUUUAUUUUAUUUUAGGAAAGCUGGAAAGAUUGUAUUUUUUAUUAGAUGUAUAUUUUGUUUUUUAUCGCAAAACUUUAGAAAAAGAAGUUUUAAACAGAAGUUUGGGAGAUUAUAAACUGGAGUGCACAUCCAUAUUUCCUGUACCUGGAGCAGCUGCUGUGACCCUCCUGUCUCGUCUGUUUUUGUUGGUUUUUGUGUUUCGGGGACGAACAGGAACAGAGAGUGUUCAGUAAUCCUCCUCAGUCCGCUCUGGUGUUUGUCAGUGAAGUUGCUGAAACAUCUUGGGAAAUAUCCCCUCAUCUUUCUUUCUUUCGUCAGAGUCUCUUCUGUGUCGAGGUCCGCUCAGAAAAUCAACGCCAUGUUCCUGAUUUUCACUUUAGUUUUGGAGUCAGAGUUUAAAAUCUGUUUCUGACUUUUUUUAAAGAGGGCUGAUCUUCACUGAAGCAGAAGUUUCCCAUAAAAACCUGCAGAAAUGACAUGAAUCUGUAAAACAGGCUCACAGACUCAGCUCUGUCAUCAUUCUGCUUCUUUUCUCCAGUUUUUGACUUAAAUACGUGAUUUUUCGGUGCACUGUGUUCAUUCAUUCAUUCGUUCAUGUUUUACCUGCAAACCUCAGUUUAUCAGAGUUUUAACUCUCAUGUUGUUUCACUUUAAGGGUUGAAGCAGUUCUCUCUCUUUUAUACGGCACAUUUUUAACUUCAGCUCUGAUCCUGUUUCUGACUCACAUCCUUUAAUCAGUUCGUUGUUGAUUUUUGAACUUUGACAGGAUUUAUUGACAGAUAAUAUUCAAAUUACUCUCGUCUGGUUUGAUCAACAGACGUCUUUUCACAGUUUAACUUUAGGAGGUUGUAUUUCAAAGACGUUGUACCUCAUGGGGUAUAAGAUUGGAUAUCAGAUUUCACCUCCAUAUUUCAGAUUUCUCACGUGUAGAGGGACUUAAAUCCUGAAAAAUAAUCUUUUUAGAGCAGUGCUGAUGCUUCAAUCUGAAUUUAGUGAUUGUUUAUUCAGGAGAGGACAGAAAAAACUCAGAGGAAUCUUCAGAAAUCUGACAAAUACCAGCUUUUCAUGUUGUCACAUGUCAGUAAGUCAGUGUUUACUUUUUUACCUCUGGUUUAGCUGAAAUGAACUUGUAGUUACGCAGGAGAGGGAAAAGAAAAGCUGAUGUUUAAAAUCUGCCUCAUAUUUUAAAGUAUUUUGACGUGUUUAAACCGCAGCAGACGAUCAUCAAGACGUCAAAAAGGUCAAAAAGUAUCAGUGAAACAAAAAGACCUGAAACCAAAAAGAUCAAAAUCAAAUCUUUAAAAAAAGGGAAAACGGUCGUCAGGCUUCGGUCUCUGUGUGAGUUUAUGUCAAACUGAAUAUUUUAUUUUUUCAUCCUGAAUCUUUUUAAAGUUCUCGAACCCGAUCGAACAGUUCACGCCUUACAGCGCCCACGUCUGGAAAUGAAGGUGAAUGUUUUUCUGAAAAUGCCAAAGAGCCGAUGGUGGAGCGUAACGUUCGCGUCCCGUCCGUCUGCGUGUUUAAAGUCGUGAUUCGAUCUGAUGUUUAGUUGUUCAUGUAAACGGUGAAGUCGGUGAUCGUUCCCUUUAGUCUGCAGCGGCCUCCGUGUUCCUGAUAUUUGGUGUUUGAAAAUGAAAAACAGCAAAAAGACAAAAGUCAUUUCAAAACGCCAAGAAAUCAGUUUAGUUUGAGACGUUAGAGAGAGUAAGAGUUUAUGAAGUGGUCAAAUAUUAAAGUGUUUCUGUUCCCGUCUGUUACAGAUCUAAUCUGAGCUGGAGGAACUUUUCUUUUCUCUCCAAACAUUUUUAAACUUAUUCUUAAUUUCCUAAUCUCACAGUUUACAGGAGAAAGUAUUUUCACAGAAACUCAUCGGCUGAUUAUUUGUUUGGUACUGAAAUGAUCAAAACAGUGACGUGUCAAUCAUCCUCUACAAGAAUCCAAGUACUGUGGCGUUAAAUGUCCGUGAUACUCGGAUAAAUGUGGCUGUAAUCCAACAGAUCUGACAUUUUAUCACAGAUAAAGUCGAGGAAAUUUUAGUAUUUUAAAUCUGAUCUCAUCCAGACAUGUGCUGGUCUCAGGUUCUGACAGAAUCACGGCCUGAAAUAAAAACUUGAAGUAAACAGAAAGUUGGGAAAUCAAUAUGAUUAAAUAUGUAUUUGACUUUUUUUUAGAGUUUCAUGUGAGGAAUCAGACUUCUCUGAUUCCUCUGAAUCUCUGAAUCUGAACUUUUGUUUCUCAGUAUCUCAGUCUCUACCUCAGUCAUUCAACAAAGCGAAGAAAACAGCGCCUCUCAGAGGUACAGAAGCUAACAGCAGGUCAGCGUGGUUAAAGAUACAGACUCUCACACACUUGUUAUAUCACCAAAAACCCUCAAUGUUAAGAUUUGUGUGUCUGUAAUAUUCAUGUAGAAAUGAAAUCCUUCAACUACACGUCAUAUUACAGUCACUGCUCUCAUAAAACAUCGAAGUGUGUUUUUAUGUCUCACAGAAGAAUGAUUGUCAUGAUCAGAUCCCCGUAAAGCCUGACCCACUACACCUACAGUUCUCAAACCAGACCAGGUUUUAGUGUCACCUGAGUCCGUGUUGGUUCAGCCGUCCUGGCCUGUUGUGCUGAUAGAAACUCAAACGUUAGAAACCAGAGUGGAAACUUUCACACUCGUGUUGUUAAGUGGAUUUUGUUGUUUCUCAUGUUUUCUGUUUGAUUGCUGUUCAUGUCAAAUAUGUUUGUAUAUAUUUGAAGUGUAAUAAAGAAAGUAAAGGUCA